UUCUGCUUCCUGCACACAGUGCAUCCCAUAGCAGCACAGACUCGAGCCUCAGAGCUGAUCAUGCCGUCCUGCAAACGUCGUGCUUGGCUGAUUGCUGGAGCCUGUGGGCUUCUGUUAAUUGCUGUAACCUGUGCUCUUGUGUUUCUUCUCCGAGCGGAUGGCCUACCAAAUUCUUCCACACUGGAACAUGGUGCUGUGGAGACAAGUUGCCAGAGAGGUGAAGACUCAGCCCACCCCAUCAGGACUACCCACACAGGACAGGUGCAGGGGAGUCUUAUCCUCUUGAAUGACACCAAAGAGGGUGUCUACAUCUUCCUGGGAAUUCCCUUUGCCAAGCCACCUCUAAGAGAACUGAGAUUUGCACCUCCUGAGCCUCCUGAGCCAUGGAGCGGUGUGAGGGAUGGGACCACCUACCCAGCCAUGUGUCUACAAAAUUCUGAUGCAGUGAAUACAGAAAAUCUGGCAAUGAUGAAACUGAGCGUGCCUUCCAUCUCUAUAUCUGAGGACUGCCUGUAUCUCAACAUCUACACACCAGCUCAUGCCCAUGAGGGCUCCAAACUGCCUGUAAUGGUGUGGAUCCAUGGUGGUGGACUGUCUACAGGUAUGGCUUCCAUGUAUGAUGGAUCCAUGCUGACAGCCAAGGAGGAUGUGGUGGUGGUCACUAUCCAGUACCGCCUGGGUCUCCUGGGCUUCUUCAGCACUGGAGAUGAGCACGCCACGGGCAACUGGGGCUACCUGGACCAAGUGGCUGCCCUGCGCUGGGUCCAGCAGAACAUUGCCUACUUUGGAGGCAACCCUGACCUUGCCACCAUCUUUGGGGAGUCAGCAGGUGGCACAAGUGUGUCUUCACAAGUUGUGUCCCCCAUGUCAAAGGGACUCUUCCACAGAGCCAUCAUGGAGAGUGGGGUGGCCCUGAUGCCUGACAUGAUCUCUAACACCUCUGAGGCGGUCUACUCAAAAGUGGCCAGCUUAUCUGGUUGUGAGACUACGGAUUCAGAGACCCUGGUGCGCUGUCUGAGAAACAAGAGUGCAGAGGAGAUUCUGGAUAUUAACAAGGUCAUCACUAUCCGUGCUGUGACAGAUGGGAAAUUCCUACCCAGGCAUCCCCAAGAGUUGUUGACUUCUGUGGAUUUUCACCCUGUCCCCAGCAUCAUUGGUGUCAACAAUGAUGAGUAUGGCUGGCUUCUCCCUAUGGCCCAAAGCUCUGAUCAAAUAAUAAAGGAUAUAACCAGAGAGACCCUGCCAGCUAUUCUGAAGAACACAACAAUAUACAUGACGAUACCUCCCGAGUGUAGUGACCUGCUAAUGGAAGAGUAUAUGAACAACACUGAAGAUGCCCAGACCCUCCAAAUACAGUACAAGGAAAUGAUAGCGGAUUUCUUGUUUGUGAUUCCUGCACUCCAAAUAGCAAAGUUUCAACGCUCCCAUGCUUCUGUCUACUUUUAUGAAUUCCGUCAUGUGCCCAGCUACCUCAAAGAUACAAGGCCAUCGUAUGUGAAAGCUGACCAUGCCGAUGAGAUUGCCUUUGUUUUUGGGUCCUCCCGCUGGGGCAUAAUACCUGACUUCACUGAGGAAGAGAAGCUGCUGAGCAGGACAAUGAUGAAGUACUGGACCAACUUUGCACGACAUGGGAACCCCAACAGCGAGGGUCUUCCCGACUGGCCCGUGAUGGACAAUAAUGAGCAGUACCUGCAGCUGGAUGUCCAACCUGCUGUGGGUCGAGCCCUGAAGGCCAGAAGGGUGCAGUUCUGGACCCAGACUCUGCCCCAGAAGAUCCAGGAGCUAAAGGGGGCUCAGGAUAAUUACAAAGAGAAGUACCCUGUGAGAGGAAUGGUGUGAAGGGCUGAGUAUACACGGGGUCAGCCUAACAUUCUUAGAGAAUCCCGGUUAGAGGCUAACAGUUACAUCACCAUCCCUCACCGCUACAAUUGUUCAUUUGGUCUGCAUGUACGACAGACCCUUGGUGUGUCACUCAUUCCUCAACAUGCUGGGACACCUUUUAUGAGACUCACUCCAUGAAUGCUCCCAUGACUGUAGAUAUGUGACCCCUAAGUGCCCCAAUCUUCUUUCACUGUACCCUGGGACAACGGCCUUUCCUUCCUUUCUUCGUCUGCUCUCAUCUUCUCUCCUCUUCUCCAAGCCCCAGACAGUCUUCAGAUGAAACAGAAGCUUUGGAAAUAUUUAAUAUAUGGGAGUAGACUGUCAAAAUCCUAUGUUCUCUCAGCAAGUCUCAUGUCUUCUUAUUUGUAAGUAGACAAUAAAGAAACCUAAUAGCCAGA